AUGACAGGAGUUUGUCAAUUUAUAUCAACAACAUACGAGGAAUAUCGAAAGGCGGAUCCAGAGAUCGGACAGAAGGCCAGUAUAAAGGCUGCGCUUGACGGAGAACACAGCAGUUUCCACCGGACUCUGGAGAAUGCCCUGUCAGAGGAACAGAGAUGUGGCUUCGCGCUACAGCAAAUGGAAGCUAGAGCAAAGGAUUUUGAUGAGAAUGGUAAUAAUAGUAAAAAGANUGAAUGCAAGCUGCCCAGAGUCACCUUCACUGCCUUCAGGCUCUCCGACUGUUGGGAUAACUUGGAGAUUCGAACCAGCAACCGCUACGAUGGCGACUUCUACUGCGGGACCAGCAUCGCCCCGGGUACCUCGUUCACCUCCACCACCAACGAGCUCAUCCUGAUGUUUUACACAAGGACCAAUUACGAGACGGGUUGGUCUGCGGACGUCACUUUCAUCGACGACCCCAACUGCAGCCCUGCUACCACUCAAGCACCAACCACUCAGCCACCGACCACACAGCCACCAACCACUCAAGCACCAACCACUCAGCCACCAACCACACAAUCACCGACCACUCAGCCACCAACCACACAACCACCAACCACUCAGCCACCAACUACACCACAACCCUCUCCAGACUGUUCUUUACUCUCUGCCAGCGAAGGCGUAACUUGGCUAUCCCCCAACUUCGGCUUCGAGAACUAUCCCAACGACUUCACUUGUGGUAUUAAGGGGACCGCUGGCUCACCAUAUAUGACCACCUUCAAGAUCAACUCCUUCCAACUGCAGAAGAAGAAGCUCAAGAAAUGCGUCGACUUCGUUGGGAUUCAGAUUCCUUACAACAGGACCGUGAAGCUCUGCGGUGCAAGGAAAGGGUCCAUUUUUGUUCCGAACCUGAAUCUGGAAGCCAACUUCGUCACCGACAACGCUGUAACGGACGUCGGAUUCAACGUCAGCAUCACGUGGCAAAAGACGGAGUGUCACCGCGUCAUCGAACUUUCGGACGACUCCGCGACGGGCGUCAUCCAGAGUCCAGGAUUCCCAGAGAAUUAUCCGAAGAAUUCCGUCUGCGAGUGGUGGAUUGUGGCCCCAGAAGGUAAGAGAAUUCACUUGGAGUUUACGAAAAUCAGCAUCAAGGACAGGAAAUGCCUUAGGGCUUACAUCGCCGUGGACAAGUCAGGCCGGGCCUCCUACAUGCCCGAACACAGCUCCCUCCUUUGCGCUGGGAUGAAGACCUCCUGCCUUGUCUCCGAAGGACGCACCGUGAACGUCGCCUUCGCGGGCGGAUCAAGGACAUCCAAGGGCUUCUCUGCUCGCUACACUGUGGUGUAACCUGUUCAUACGUUGAUGCUGAGGAAACUGACUUUAUAUAUACUUAUACACACACACACACACACACACACACAC